UUCUGAGGAUUCUCUUCCAUCAUGGCUGUGGGAAUAAGAUGCAUUUGCCUACUGCACCCUGCCUUUCGCAGUUACCUGGCUGAUUUGAGCAGACCUGUUUCAGAAGUUCCCAUGAAGACAGUGUGUGGAAGACAACACGACCAUAUACAGUACUCAGCCUACCCAGCAGUGCCAGUUCGCCAUUUUGCAACCAAGAAGGCCAAAGCCAAAGGGAAAGGACAGCCCCAGGCCAGAGUAAACAUUAACACUGCCUUGGUUGAGGACAUAAUCAGCUUGGAAGAGGUGGAUGAAGACAUGAAAUCUGUGAUAGAAGCACUUAAAGAUAAUUUCAAUAAGACUCUCAACAUAAGGACUGCACCAGGAUCCCUUGAUCAUAUUACUGUGGUAACUGCUGAUGGGAAGCUCACUCUAAACCAGACUGGCCAGAUCUCCAUGAAGUCGCCACAGUUGAUUCUGGUGAAUAUGGCCAGCUUCCCAGAGUGUACAGCUGCAGCUAUCAAGGCUAUACGAGAAAGUGGAAUGAAUCUGAACUCAGAAGUGGAAGGAACACUAAUUCGGGUACCCAUUCCUAAAGUAACCAGGGAACACAAAGAAAUGCUGGUGAAACCGGCCAAACAGAACACCAACAAAGCCAAAGAAAAUUUACGGAAGGUUCGCACUAAUGCAAUAAAUAAACUGAAGAAGUCAAAGGACAAAACCUUGGAGGACACCAUUAGGCUCAUCGAGAAGCAGAUCAGCCAAAUGGCGGACAACACCGUGGCAGAGCUGGGCCGGCGUCUGGCAGCAAAGACCAAAGAACUUCUUGGAUGAAAGUCAGCAGUCGCAGCCGAGCACCAGUGUCUGCUCAUGCAGUGGGUGGCAAGCUUGUGCACCCACUGCCCUGACCAUCCAUGGGAGGCUGACACUGCUGCUCUCCGUCAGCCACUCAGCUUCCUGUUGGGAUGCUCAGACUUAUGGAAUCUCUUCCUUGUUUCCUUGCUCUGCUCAGAACCUCCUGGU